AGAGAGAGAGAGAGAGAGAGAGAGAAACAAAAAGAAAAACAAGAGAGACACAGAUAGAGGAUUCCCUGUGGACGUAGACAGACGAGUUGGACCCAGGUGGAAGCCAUCUCCGGUCCCCGCCGUCCUCUUUCUCCCCCCACCCCCGAGGCUGAGGUGUCCCGCUGGGGGAGAGCUGUGGCUGUGAGAGGGGUGCUGGAGGAGCACCCAGGACGGAGCCCUUUUCCCCCCUGAGAUAGCUCUUGAGCAGUGUUUGUCCACCAUCAGUCUGUGUGACGUGUGUGUGUGUGUGUGUGUGAGAGAGUUUUGGAGCGGGAGAUACUCUGUCCGGCCUGAUGGUUCUGAGUGUGUGAAUGCCGCCUCAGGCCAUCAUGGGAUCCUCGACGCUGGGCAAGGCUGCCACUCUCCACCAGCUGCUGGAGGCCUGCAUCCAUGCCUUUGAUGAUAACGGGGAGCUCCAGGGAAACCUGUUCCCUCGGACGGUCCUGCUGAUGCACCGCUGGUAUGUCACCUCCACAGAGCUGGCUGGGAAGCUGCUCAUGCUAUAUCGUGACUGUCAGGGCGACGACUGCCAAAGGACGCGACUCAAGAUCUGUUAUUUAAUGAGGUACUGGAUUGUAGAGUUCCCGGCCGAGUUCAAUCUGGACCUGGGCCUGAUCAGGAUGACCGAGGAGUUCAGGGAUGUGGCAGAGAAGCUAGGCUGUGAGGACCAUUUCAAGCUCAUCGACAUCUCCACCAUCCCAUCGUACGACUGGAUGAGGAAGCUGACCCAGCGGAAAAAGCAGGCCAAGAAGGGCAAGGCCUCUCUGCUGUUCGACCACCUGGAGCCCAUGGAGCUGGCCGAGCACCUGACCUUCUUAGAGUACAAAUCAAUCAGGAGGAUAUCAUUCACAGACUACCAGAGCUACGUGAUCCACGGCUGCCUGGUGGACAACCCCACGCUGGAGCGUUCCAUUGCCCUCUUCAACGGAGUUUCCCAGUGGGUGCAGCUGAUGGUGCUCAGCAAGCUAACGCCCCAGUUACGGGCAGAGGUCAUCACCAAAUACAUCAACGUGGCACAGAAACUGCUCCAUCUGCAGAACUUCAACACUCUGAUGGCUGUGGUGGGGGGCCUAAGCCAUAGCUCCAUCUGUCGCCUGAAGGAGACUCACUCUCACCUCUCUCCAGAGGUCACCAAGAUUUGGAAUGAGAUGACCGAACUCGUCUCCUCAAAUGGGAACUACUGCUCCUACCGCAAAGCCUUCAACGAGAGCGAGGGCUUCAAGAUCCCCAUCCUGGGGGUGCACCUGAAGGACCUGAUCGCCGUGCAUGUGGUCUUCCCCGACUGGGUGGAGACCAGCAAGGUGAACAUUGUGAAGAUGCAGCAGCUGUACAUGACCUUCAGAGAGCUGGUGUCCCUACAGAGCGCGCAGGCCCAGGUGGAGCCUAACAUGGACCUCAUCCACUUACUCACGCUUUCUUUAGAUAUGUACUACACUGAGGAUGAAAUUUAUGAACUCUCACUGGUGAGAGAGCCACGCAAUCCCAAGUCACUGCCCACCUCUCCCACGACCCCCAACAAGCCCCUGGCUCCACUGGACUGGGCAUCUGGGAUGACCACCAAACCUGACCCGUCUGUGGUCAACAAGCACAUCAGGAAGGUUGUGGAUUCUGUGUUUAGAAAUUACGACCAUGACCACGAUGGCUAUAUCUCUCAGGAGGACUUUGAGAGCAUCGCUGCCAACUUCCCUUUCCUGGAUUCUUUCUGUGUCUUGGACAAAGACCAGGAUGGAUUGAUCAGCAAGGAUGAGAUGAUAGCCUAUUUCCUACGGGCUAACCCGCUGCUUCAGUGUAAGAUGGGCCCCGGUUUCAUACACAGCUUUCAGGAGAUGACGUACCUGAAGCCCACCUUCUGUGAACACUGUGCUGGAUUUCUGUGGGGGAUUAUUAAACAAGGAUACAAAUGCAAAGAUUGUGGGGUCAACUGCCACAAACAGUGUCGGGAGCUACUGGUGUUGGCUUGCCGGAAACUUCCACGCUCUACCUCCCACGGCAGCGUGUCGCCCGGCCCGCUGACCCACAGCUCCCUACCCAGCAGCCCCGCCUUACCCUCCUGCAAAGGUGAAGAUGAUGAUGAGGUGUUUGAGUUCCCUAGUGUGACCCCGGCCGGCCCAGACCUGGAGGGCCAGUCCAUCACGCUGAUGACUGGCUCAGCCCAGCGGAUCUCGGUGCGACUCCAGCGGGCCACCACCAGCCAGGCCACGCAGACGGAGCCGCUGUGGGGCGACCACGGCUGGGCGUCCGGCGACGGCGGCUCGCACACCUUCCCCAAGAUGCGAUACCGGCCGCACCGCAAGGCCUCCAAGGGCUCCAAGGGUUUCGCACGCUGGGAGAAUGACACCACCGCGACGACACCGACGCCAACGACGGCAGGAGGGGGGAUGGCCGCUGGGCAGCCGAGGAGCCGCAGGGACUCCCAGGAGCAGACGGAGGGGUCGGUGGUGGAGGUGGCACAUAAUGGCAUAGCCAUGCACAGACAGAAAACAGAUGUCCCCGGAGUCAUGGAGGCCAGCUGACUUAUCCACCCUGGGGGCCAGUGUCGGAGCCCCCACCGGCCCUCAGCUUCUCGCCCACGGAGGCUCUCAUCGCUGGGGGAUGUCUUGGGGUGUCUGAGACCCCCGUUUGGUGACAAGGAUUAGGGCACUCCUCUCUGCCCUCCCUCCCGCCAGCUCCUGCUGGGGCAAAGGACACACUGGAUGAAAGCCCCAGAGGUCGUUCUUCAAUUGACAGAGGGACAGAUGGACGGAUAGACGGAUAGACGGGUAGCGCGGAUAGAUGGAAAUACAAUAGGUGGAAAAGCUGUCUGUCCAGGUGGAACCGAUUCACAGUCAGCACACACCCUCCACUCGCCUGACCUGUGUGUGUGUGUGUGUAUUGGGAGGCAAAGACAACAGAAAUCUGAAUGCCACAGCAUAGAAAGACUUGGCUAGCCAGACAUUUGACAUGUGUUUGUAAUUGGGCGUGUGAGAGUGUGUGUGCGUUUGGAAGUAUAUUAUGUACACAUAUGAGAAUGUGUACCAUAUGUUGAGUCAUAAAGGGUUACUAUGUAAACUGCUGAGAGGACACAGCUAGUUAAGAAUGGUAGAGCACUAACACUGGUUGAACAGCAAGUAGAGGACACUUUGAAUGUUGAAGACGUGCUGAGUGAUUAUGAGUAAGACGUUAACAGUUGAAGUAAAAUAGGAUGUGCUAGAAGGAUAUUGUGCCAAGGAAUAUACUCCAUAAGGCUCAAGGAAUAUGCGGUGGAAAUAUCAGCAGGUAAAAAGUAUGUUGUUUUAUAGGGUGGAUGGAUGCUGAAAACUGAUUUGUCAGAUUGAGUGUUGUUGAUAAUAAUAUCGUUUUUUUUCUGCCAGUUUUGUCAAGUUCCAGAUCCCAGGAAUAUGGUACUUUCUUUAUUGACAAGAAUUAACAACACAUGAUGAAAAUGUUUUUGUUUUUUUAGUAAAAGAAAAUAUGGUCAUCAUCUAUAUCAUAAAGGGAUUUCAAUUUGAUGAAUGGAAUCAUCACACCAUUUAUUUUACUGUCUGGACUACAAAAUUAAAAAAAGAAACCUCCAGACGAUGACCUAUGACCUAUGACCUAUAUCGUUCUCAGGAAUACCACAUCACAUUGCAUCGAUCGACGAAAAGCAACGCAGGCAUUCUCUCAGGGCUAGAACAGUGGCUCCUGCCUUCGCCAGGUCUCUCACCUGCAAGCCAGGUGUGUGUGUGUGUGGGGGGUGGCAGGUGCAUGUUUGCUUACCGUUGCCAGGCGUCGGAUGGAAUGAGCCAGACAGUGCCUCCAUCACCAUGGCGAUCCAGAGAAGUGCGUAAAGCGGAGAGUAAGCUGCGUCCAUCUGUACAGGGAUCACAGACAGAUACACCCUACCCCCCACCCCCAUCAUCCACCUCUUGCUUCAGGAGGCCAGGAACAGGUGGAGAUGACAUGUACAUGAUAACAGACAGUCGGGGCUGGCCUUCUGUCUUGCACUGUAGGGGAGAUGGAGGUCACUGUAAUAGAACUCAUUGAGUGCUGAGUGUAGACAAAGUGAGACACUUUCUAAGCUACAGUACAUCAGAGAAAAAAAAGGCAAACAUAUGUGAGGUUAAAUCUGCUUUUCAACCACUGGGAUCUGAGUUAUUACAUGUACUACAUCAAAUAGAUGUGUAUAAUAUAUGAGUAUGGGAUUAAUUGAUGGACAUUUUUUGUAAUAUUCAUCUGCCAUGAUCAAGAAAAAAAUAGUUUAUGUGUCCACGCGGUAUUGUUUGGAAUAUCCAACAGAUAUGUUAAUGAAGGUCAUAAGAUUGCAAUAUAUACUUUUGGGAAGCAAAUAUGCUAGUACCAGUGGUACAAACAUAUUUUAGCUGACUUCACAUUCAUAUGUUAUACAAAAAAAUGAAGUUGUUUGAGAAGAACAGGCAGAGUGAGAGUAUAUGAAAAUAGAGGGUGAAACCUGAAGACACUUUACCUGUGGGACUUCAUAGAGCUCUUAGGUAGGUACCCACCUUGGACUAGAGAUCACCCUGAGAUGUAGCAUUAGCGAGCAUGGUUUCACAGGCUAACACACAAAUGUAGAUGUGUUGAAUUCAUCCCAUUUUUACACGCAAGAAGUAGCCUAUGUUUUGGUGUGAUCAUAUUUAUUUACUUUGUGCCUACUUAUCGCCUUGAAAAUAUGUUUCUUUUUUUCUGUCAGUUCAGUUAAAAUACGUUUGUUAAUGAUCAUUCAUCUUAAGUUGCUAACUGUUUGCUUGUUCCAUCUCCAAAAGGAAGUCACAUGUAAGCAGCACCCAGGAUAAGGGAUAGAAACUGAAGCAAAGUGAAUUCUCAGUAGGGGGAUGCUAGACUUCUCCAUGAACAUUCCUGUGUGCAUUAUAUUAUUGCUUUUCACAUGGAUACAAUGUCCCCCAGUAUUUUCAUGAUGUUAAACUGGUCUACUUGAGAAAAAGUGGGUAUAUUCUUAUUUUAUUUAAUUUUAUUUAACAUUAUUGCAGGUCAGAUGUUAUUUUUAUACUCAUAAAUGGUCUUCAGUAGCAUUCUUUAUUUUAUUAUUAUUAUUGCAAGAGUUUGCUAUUUAACCUUGCCAACUAUUCAUUUAAUUAUUACAGUACGUCUAUCAGAGGUAAAGUAAAAUAAACAAUUUCAUCAGUCAUAUGUAGAACAAGGUUGCACAUUUUUCAAGAAAAAUCAGUUUACAGUUUCCAUAAAUCUCUCCUUGUUGAUAAGCUGAGAGAUACCAUACUGAUUACAGUUGGUUAGUAGACAGAAGUGUCUUUUUUAAAAUUAUGGAUAGGGAUUUUUCUUGGACCAAGGACCUAAUACAAUAAAAUCAAAUGCUGUUCUCUGAUGCAGAGAGGAGGGUGAAGAGUAUGUGUGUGUGUGUGUGUGUGUGUGUGUGUGUGAGAGAGAGAGAGAGAGAGAGAGAGAGAGAGAGAGAGAGAGAGAGAGAGAGAGAGAUGCAUCACAAGCCUAGGUUUCAGUCCAAAAUACUGCACAGUAGUUCUACACAGUGAUGUAACCAUUACAUAUUCAGAGGCUUGUUUUGCCCAAGGGCAAACCCAUAAUAUCAAAACAGCAGCAAGGGGCAUCCAGGGUUAAGCAUUUGAACAUUGUUUAGUAAUGUGAUUAUCCACUGUACAUAAUAUCACCUGCAAAACCAUGUCCACAGGGAUUGUGUCUUUUAAAUGAGCAACCAUGCCUUUACAAGUUUGGGUCCUUUGACUGGACUAACGUUAUUUGGGUGUUCAGGUUUUAAAAUGAGAUAUAGUGUAUUUUUGUAGAAAACAGGAAAAACGGCUAUAAACUAUUUAUAUCGGAUAAAAACAACUGAAUAUUUAUAGAAAUUUAGAAAGGGGUGAAAUGAGACAGAAGGAAGUUUGGUGGGUUGGAACAAAGAUUCUUUAAAGCAUCUCUUGUGGGAACUGAGUUUCCCCUUUUGCUUUCAGAUCCCCCUGCUAAUGACAUCAGCAUGACUGUGUAUAUCCUGAGAAGUGUCACAUCUGCUGUACAACCCAUAUAUCGAACAUUUUCUUUGUGCAGCUUUAGGCCGAUUUACUUUUGAGAUGUGUUCCCUACAUGUUGAUUCAUUAGUAACUUAGUUCUGUCUGUCCUGCUCUACACAGAAGGGAUACCACAUAGAUGGUAUGCUUGAUUUUUUCUCUGUACCUCAAACCACUGUUUUUCUUUUAUUAUGACCUGUGCCAUUUCGAAUAAAUCUUCUGCCUCUUAUAA